GGCGGAGCUGCGCGGAGCCGCCGCACGCGAGCCCGGAGGGGCCGGGGCUGCCGCAGCGCCCGCCCCGGUACCGCCGCCCUCCGCCCGCCCCGCUCUCCGCCGCCGCUCCGGCCGGGAGCCCCUGACCCACCAUGACGUUCAAGCAAGCGUCCAUGAUGGCCCCGGAAGCCAUGGCCACCACGAUGCCCAUGGCCACGAUGGAGAACUCCACUGAGGCCGCAGGGCCAGGCGAGAGCAAGGAGGACAUGUUCACCAAGCUGAGGGACAAGUUCAUGAAUGAGCUCAACAAGAUCCCCUUGCCACCCUGGGCCCUCAUCGCCAUUGCAGUGGUAGCUGGACUCCUCAUCCUCACCUGCUGCUUCUGCAUCUGCAAGAAGUGCUGCUGCAAGAAGAAGAAGAACAAGAAGGAGAAGAGCAAAGGCAUGAAGAAUGCCAUGAACAUGAAGGACAUGAAGUCAGGCAACCAGGAUGAUGAUGAUGCAGAGAUGGGUCUGACAGAAGGGGAAGGCGAGGAGGAGGAGAAGGAGCCGGAGAACCUGGGAAAACUGCAGUUCUCACUGGACUACGAUUUCCAGGCAAACCAGCUGACAGUGGGGAUACUCCAAGCUGCCGAACUGCCAGCUUUGGACAUGGGUGGCACCUCAGACCCGUACGUCAAGGUAUUCUUGCUCCCUGACAAGAAGAAAAAGUAUGAGACCAAAGUGCAGAAGAAGACACUCAACCCUGCCUUCAACGAGACCUUCACCUUCAAGGUCCCCUACCAGGAACUGGGCGGGAAGACACUGGUGAUGGCCAUCUACGACUUCGAUCGCUUCUCCAAGCAUGACAUCAUUGGCGAGGUGAAGGUGCCCAUGAACACAGUGGACCUGGGCCAGCCUAUUGAGGAGUGGCGAGACCUACAGAGUGGUGAGAAGGAGGAGCCAGAGAAGCUAGGAGAUAUCUGCAUCUCCCUCCGGUACGUGCCCACAGCCGGGAAACUCACUGUCUGCAUCCUGGAGGCCAAGAACCUGAAGAAGAUGGACGUUGGGGGUCUCUCAGAUCCCUAUGUGAAGAUCCACCUGCUGCAGAAUGGCAAGAGGUUGAAGAAGAAGAAGACCACAGUCAAGAAGAAGACCCUGAAUCCCUACUUCAACGAGUCCUUCAGCUUUGAGAUCCCCUUUGAGCAGAUACAGAAAGUGCAGGUGGUCAUCACGGUGCUAGACUAUGACAAGCUGGGGAAGAAUGAAGCCAUCGGCAAGAUCUUCACGGGCUGCAACGCCACCGGCACGGAGCUGCGGCACUGGUCCGACAUGCUGGCCAACCCCCGGCGGCCCAUUGCCCAGUGGCACUCACUGAAGCCAGAGGAAGAAGUAGAUGCAGCUCUCGGGAAAAACAAAUAGGAAGAUCUGCCGGCCAGCGCAGCACGGCACUGCGGACAGUCAAAACGACCCAGAGCUACUGAUACCUCAGUUACGCAACCUUUGGUUUUGGGUUUUUUUUUGUUCUGUUUUAAGCUGAAAUACCCUUUGAUGGCUGUGGAAGAGUUUCCAGACAGUACCAAUAGCUUCCAGGGGAAGAGGUUAAAAACAACGGAUGGUUCUUUUUGUUCUUCAGCAUCGCUCCCUUCUGCUGCAUGUCCCAUCGCGUCUGCCCACAAUCCCUUCCAGGUGCAAAGCCACCGUCACGCCUGGGACCUUCCCCGGUGGCCACGUCACCAGCCCGCAGCACUGCUGCCGCCAUCCUUCCCUCGGGCUCACGUGGGGAACCGUCGAACGUUGCGUGGAGGCGAUACCAGAGCCUGAUCGUGCGAGAUGACCAGACCCACUGUGCUUGCUUGGGGCAUGGACAGCUGCGUGGACGUCAAAGUGGUGGAGAAGACCCUCUGCAGGAGACCGAGGCGCCUCCCGCUCCUGCUCUGCCUCCCUCCGUCCGGGAAGGGCAGGAGCCGUGGUUUCGGGCUGAGGGUGGCCAAGUGCCCCCCGGCCAGCUCCAGGUUUGGCUCCUUCUGGGCAGAGGUUUGCAGGGACGGCGGGGUCCCGCUGCGGCCAGCCUGGCAGUGGGUGCCGAGCCCUCGGCGUUGCAG